AUGCAAUCAACAGUAACACCUCUUUGGAGAGCACUCGAGGAUGGAUCAGAGGAACAAAUCAAUAUGGUCGACCUGUACAGGAGCGGAGAAUCUGAAAAGCUCGCGAUGCGUUACCGCAAAUUCAAUUUGCAAGCUCUUCUGGAUACUUCCGUCAAAGCCGCGGGCAAUGAUGAAGUAUAUUGUGUGAAGCUGCUUAAAUGUGUGGAGGGGCAAUUUAAUAAAGCAUUUCUCCUGACCAUGAGCAAUGGCCUGGAGAUCGUCGCUCGAUUGCCCAACCCAAACGCGGGACCGGCGUUUUACACAAUUGCAUCAGAAGUCGCGACGCGCCACUUUUUGCGCGAGAAAAUGGGCAUACCAAUCCCUCGCAUCUAUGAUUGGUCGGCCGAGGCAUGUAAUCCAGUGGGUGCUGAAUAUAUCAUCGAAGAAAAGGCUGGCGGUCAGCCUCUCGGAAAUGUUUGGGCCGACCUCACUUUGGCAGCACAAUUGGAUGUCGUGGACCAGGUCGUGAGUAUGGAAAGAAAACUUGCAUCUAUCUCUUUUCCGAAGCACGGUUGCAUAUACUACGAGACAGAUCUUAAAUCGAGAUCCUUGGAUUAUGAGGCUCUUGACUCACUUGUUUCCUCGGCAUCGGCGACCUGUCAAAACGACAAACAACCAACAUUCGUGAUUGGACCUUCUGCCAACCCAUGUUUCUGGGAGCAGGAAAAGAUAGCAAUGAAUUUGGACAGAGGCCCAUGGAGAAGCGUUGCUGACUACGCCGUGGCCCUUGGAAAGAAUGAAAUUGAAUGGGCCACCUCUCAUGCGAGGCCAAGAGUCAAUUUUCAUCGAUCUAUGGAGACUUCUGAGAAACCAAACGAUUACAUCACCCUUCUGAAGGACUUCUUGGCCCUUUCUCCAUAUUUGGCAUCUUCUGCAAACAUCGAGCAGCCAAACAGGGUUUCUCAUCCAGACCUGCACCUUGAUAAUGUAUUCGUCGAACCAGGAACCAACCGAAUCACUUGCAUAAUUGACUGGCAACAGACUUCUGUGUGUCCGAUAUCUCUGCAACGGCCUUAUCCGCAGAUGCUUGAUCUAUCUGGCACACCACAUUCAGAUAAAAGCAGGCAUGAGAGAAAGCUUUUGGACCAUUACGACAAUGCUGUCAAGGAGACGGAUCCUCUCCGGUGGGAAGUUCACACAGAUCCCCUCCUCACGGUUAAGACAAAACCAUUUGCUCUGGUCCCUGGAUGCUGGCACCGAGAAGAUUUAUUCUCUCUACGCAAUGCAUUGAUCGCAGUCAUCGCCCGUUGGGCUGAUAUGGGAUAUGGUGAAAUACCAUGCCCAGUUCAGUUCAGCGAAAAAGAGCUGUUACAACACCAAGACGAGAUGGACCUUUUGGAGGGGAUUUCUGCAAUCCUGCACGAGCUGCAGGAUACAGGGCUUAUUCCCUUGGGCGGUAUGGUACGCCGCGAAUAUUACGAGCGUGCCAUGGAGUUGAAUGAUCGUUUCAAACGCGAGUUCAUAGAUUUGGCAGAGAACGAGCGCCAGCGGGAAUUACACGCGAAAGUAUGGCCCUAUCAAUAG